AUGGCAAUGGUGAGGCGUUCACUCCAAAAAAAAAUUGCGACACUGCCGCACUGCCAUACAUUAUAUGAGCAUACCCUUACUAAUUUGAAAUCUCUGAAUAUAUCACAUGCUUCCUUUAUUGUUUUCUCAAUUAACGUAAAAAACAAUGUUAGGACCAUUGAUUGCUCACAUGGCUGCCGUUGCGAUUCGAGCAGCAUGCUGCAGUUCAUUGAUGUCAGAAUUGCUGGCUAUCGGCAUGCUCAAGCUGCAUGUGCCAAGAUAUUUGGUUUUUUCGCAGCACGGGAUGGGGUUGAACCUUUGCGCAACUAUGUCUACAGGCGUGGGAUUGACAAUUAUGAAGCUCUAAAUGUGAAGCGGGAUACGGGCAUUGCACAUUUAUCUCUAACUUGCCAUGCUCGAUGUAUUUGCAUGAUAUGUCGUGUCUUGUUCGAAUUCAAACUUUGUGUAUGGACUGAUGACGAACCAGAAGAUGAGCCAAAACAUGACAUUCUGAUUGAAGGGUGUACCGAGUUUGCGAACAUGUUCAAAACAGAACCAUUCAUUGAAUUCCGGCGUCUGUAUGGGGAGAAGUGUGGAUUUGAUAUGAAGUUUCUGGUGUUGGAAAAUGUAGUCCAAGCAAAGGUUGAUGUUGAGAUACUUCGUUCUGCGGUCGAUGGCCUUAAUCUGAAUCUUCAUGCGAAGACUAGUGACUUCAGAGAUGUGAUCCGCCUCUUUUCUGGAGUUUCAGAAUCAGGUUGCAGAAUGAGUUCGGCCAUCAGAGUGAUGAGACACAGUUAUCUUAAUUUUUGUAUUGAAGGAUCCCCGAAAGCUGGUGUUUUUUCUCAAGAGCUGCCAUGUUGUAUGUGGGAAGGUCGAUUUGGUUCACGGUAUCAUGGAACAGUGCAUGAAGUGGUGCAUCUUGAUGAUUCCACAAAAAUUUCUGUCAAUGUUAAGAGUUGACGCGGCUUGGAAACUGAAGACGGGAAGAAUUUGUCAUUUAUUAUGAGUAUGCUCCUCAUGUCAUUAGCACCGAGUUCUGCUUACAAUAUUUUAUUUUAUGUUCCAUCAACAUUAAAUAUUUUGUGCAUCAUGUGAGGAAGAACAAUACAGACAGUAGCAAAACGCAUACAUACAGCAUGUGGAAAAGAGAAAAUUCAAGCAAACACACAAACUGAUUGCAGAAUAUUAGUCUUACUGACAUGGAUCAACCGUGUAGACAAUACUUAG